AUGCCAUCGUAUAAUGAAAAACAAGAAAACACAAGCCCCAUUAAGGGUCACUCAAAUUCACAUCCAAACUUAUCAACAAAUGAUUCAUUAAACAGUUUAAAGAAGACUUUAGAGUCAUCAGGCCAGUUCAAGAAGAAUAACAGCACGAACCUAUUGAAACAAACAUUCAAACUGGGUGCUAAUGCACAUUCAGAUCCAAAUCUGAGACCUAAUCCAAGAACUUCAAUGUCACAGCUCAAAUUAUAUCAAUUGACAGAUACUGGAAAGAGCAAAGAAAUCGAAAGAUUUGAUUUAGAAGAACUUAGAAAUGGUUAUUUUGAUCCAUUAUAUGUCAAACCAGAAAAUGUCAUUUCAUCAUCACCAGAUCAUAACACCGACCAUACUAAUAAAGAAGGAAAGAAAUCAUCAUUCAAAGAUUCUAUAAUAACUCAUUUAAAAAAGUCAUUCAAUGAAUAUAAACAACAUAAAAUUGUUUUAUUCAAAUUUUUUCUUGCAUAUUUUAUUUCAAUUAUCUUAUGUCUUAUUGACAAACCAGGUGAUUGGUUUGGAAUAUAUAGAGUGUUUUUACCAAUAUCAACCUUAAUAAAUCAUCCAGUACAUUCAAUAGGUGCACAAAUUGAAAUAACAGCCCUUUCAAUAGCUGGAUUAGCUCUAGGUUUAGGAUGGAGUUCUUUAGCAUUGUAUAUAUCAACAGCAACUCAACCAACAAGAAAUCGUCAAGGUGGUAUCAUUGCAGGCUCAUUAUUCAUCGGUAUUUUCUUCAUGGGUUGGUUUAAAGCUUAUUUCAUCAGAUUUUAUUACAUGUUUUUGGCUUCAGGUUUUGUUCUUGUUUUCUUAUCUGCUAAUUUGGAUUUGAGUACAUCAACAAUCAAUUGGAAAGAUACAUGGAACAUUGGUAUUCCUUACCUUUUUGGUUUAUUAGUUUCAUUAUUUGUCUCGUUGGUGGUUUUCCCUGAUGUUGGUCACACUAAAAUUAUGGAAUCAAUCUUAGAUUCAACGAAAAGUAUCAAAGAUUUGAUCAUUGCAUAUAAAGAAGCCAAGGAAGAUGAUCCAAAUAGACAUGAAAAUUUAGCAAAACUACAAAAACAAUUGACUUACAAAACUUUAAUCCUUUCUGAAAAUUUCAGAGAAUAUUUAAGUGAGAUUAAGCUAUCUGUGUUUAAUGAUGAAGACUUGAAGAGAAUGAGAAAUCAUUUGAAUUUUGCAAUUGGUCCAUUACGCGCUGUUCCUACUUCAACAAACAUAUACUUCAACCAAAAAUUAGACAUAGUUUCAAGCUCUGAUAAUACAAAAGUUCAUACUUCACAAGAUGUAUCAGGUUUAGGAACUGCAAUGGUCUCAGGUAUUGCAACACCGCUACCAAGAAGUACAGCACCAUCCAAUUUUCUUCAAAAUUCUCAAAAGGAUAACAAACAAUUUUAUAAAUCUAUUGUUAAUAGUUCAUUCAACGAACCUCUAUACAAGCUUCUUUCACAGAUGAUUGUUAAUCUUUCAACAAUUGAGUCUACAUUGAGAAAAUUCGGAAGAUUAAAAGAUGCACCAAAUGAUUUGACGAAGGAACAAGCUCUCAGUGAAUUACAAGAUUCUGCUGCUUUGUUGAAGAAACGAGUUUGGCAAUUAGAUGCUGCAUACAGAAAAUUCAGUAAGUCAGAUAAUUUUUGUCGUGACUUGUUAAGUGAAGUCUCUGUUAUUGAUAUGUUUUUAUUUUUGAGAUAUUCAAGACAAUCUGCUACAAUGUUGAUUAGUUUUUCAGAUAUUAUUGAAAAUUCCUGUAAAAACGUGAAAGGAUGGAGAAUUUAUGGUUAUAAUUAUCCAUGGAGAAGAUCUCUUAGAAGAUUACCAAAGCAAUGUCUUAGAGAUCAAGGUGCUGAUUCGAUUUUUUAUUAUUUCGAAACAAAACUUGAUGUUGAUGAUGCCUUUGAAAGGAUCUAUAAUUUAAACACAUCAAGACUGAAAAAUGAAGCUGGUCAAUAUCAAUCCAGUGAAUCACAUCCUUUAGCCUCAAAUGAGGAAGAUGAAAAGACAAGAACAAUUAGAGCAAUAGAUCAUAAUGAUUUCAAUUAUCACUCAACUUCAAAUCCACUACGUUACAAACUUUGGAAAUUAUCAAGAAGAGUUGCUGAUACUGAAACUAAAUAUGCAUUCAAGGUGGCAUUUAUGAUAACGUUCUUAUCUUUACCUGGUUGGUUAUUUGAAUCUUAUGAGUGGUAUUUUGAGUAUAAUUGUUUCUGGGCUCCGUUACUUGCAUAUUUCUUUCUAAGUCCUAGAAACUCAGGUAAUUGGGAAAAUUUAGCAACUAGAACCAUAUCAUGGUUUAUUGGAUGUUUUUGGGGAUGGGCUGCUAAUCAAUCCCAUCAUUUUAAGAAUCCAAUUGUCAUUGGCGCGUUCUCUGCGCUAAUAUGUAUUCCAUUUUCAUUCGGGGUUCUAGUUAAGCCUCAUCCAAGAUCAAGUCUUGUUGCUUUAAUGUCAUUUACAAUUAUUGGUAUUAAUACUUAUACUGAAGCAUCUCCAGACACAGCUGAUAUUUUUAAAAAUACAUGGAUCACUUCAGUUGCAAUUCUUAUUAGUGUUAUAUCUGCUAUUUUAACCAAUUGGUUAGUUUGGCCAUUUGUUGCAAAAACUGAAUUUUACAAGUCUUGUUCCUCAUUGCUCUCACAUAUAGCUCAAUCUUAUCAAACGGUCUCUGAAAGAUACUUAUAUAGAGAUGAAAAAGAUGACCCAACGGAAUUGACUUUAGAGUUAGCCAAUAUUAGGGAAGUUAGAAUGUCUCAAAGUAUUUAUGCAAUCAAAGAAUUGCUGUUGAAAGCCAACAAAGAACAUGAUUACCAUCAUUCAUUCAAAAAUGAGACAUUUGAAGAGCUCUUGAACUCAUGUGAAAUUAUUAUGGAAAAGAUCAUAGAGGCAAGAAUAUCUGGUGUUUAUUUUCAUGUUUGGGAACAAGAUAGAGAUGAAAAAGUUACCAGUGCAUUAUUGUCAGCUCGUCGUGAUUCAGUUGCUACUGUGAUUUAUUUGUUUUAUGUUCUUUCAAAUUCUUUCAAGAUGAGAUCGAAUGUUCCAAAAUACUUACCAUCUGCAAUCACAAUUAGAAAGAGAUUAUAUGAUUUGAUUGGUAAAUUAGAACAACAAAAAGAAGAAGAAACAGUUUCAGAAUUCAAUAUAGCUGCACAAUUAGAGAAACGUUUAACUUCAUUGGUUAGUAACCAAGAAGAUUAUGGAAAGAGUCACUGGACAGAAGUUCAUGGUAUGGCUUUUGCAAGAGCAUUCACUACAAUUACAGAGGAGCUUGAGAACAUUAUCAAGUUUUCAAAAGAAAUCCUAGGGGAGGAGACACUUUUUUAA